UUUCCCCCUUUUUUUUAUUCUACUCCAUCGACAGCCUAGCCUGCUCCCCUCCCUCCCUCCCUCCCUGCUCGCCUGCACUCACUCCCACCUCCCUCCACUGGACUCAAAUGCUAGUAACACCGGUAGGUAGGUUAGCUGCUGUCGGUCUGUCAGCCAAAGAUCCAGAGAGUAAAGGCUUUGAUUUCACACACUACACCACCACCAGGACAGAUAACGGAGACGCCUCUAUGUGAUAUCCCCUGACGUUAACUAUCAACAGCUGUAAGGAGAUAAGUGGACCAAGUAUAAUCCGACUACAAACACACACUUGGACAGCAACACACUACUGCAACAAACAACAAAACACAAGAACGGCCACUGAGUGACUAGCUAGCAGACAGAUUGGCACUUUGACCAACUGGGGCUUCAGAUAAAUGGCUGACAAGCAGAUCAGUUUGCCUGCCAAAUUAAUCAAUGGGGGGAUCGCUGGCCUAAUUGGAGUGACCUGUGUGUUUCCCAUUGACCUGGCCAAGACUCGCUUGCAAAACCAGCAAAAUGGAGCUCGCCUUUACACCAGCAUGUCAGAUUGCCUUAUUAAGACCAUCCGGUCAGAGGGGUAUUUUGGGAUGUACCGAGGAGCAGCGGUGAACUUGACACUAGUCACACCAGAGAAAGCCAUCAAAUUGGCUGCCAACGACUUCUUCAGGCAUCACCUCUCCAAGGAUGGAAAACUCACUCUGUUCAAAGAGAUGCUGGCUGGGUGUGGGGCAGGUACAUGCCAGGUUAUUGUCACAACUCCUAUGGAGAUGUUGAAAAUCCAGCUCCAAGAUGCUGGACGACUUGCGGCUCAGAAGAAGCUGAUGCCAGAGACGGUGGCAGCAGGUACUGUGGAGACCAAGUCCCCAACAGCCAUGCAGCUCACGAGAGACUUAUUGAGGGAAAAGGGCAUUGCUGGGCUGUAUAAAGGCCUUGGUGCCACAUUGCUCAGGGAUGUUCCUUUCUCCAUCAUCUAUUUCCCACUUUUUGCCAAUCUGAAUAACCUGGGGAAAAGAGGUAUAGAUGGUCCUGCUCCUUUCUAUGUGUCGUUUUUAUCAGGCUGUCUUGCGGGGAGCACAGCGGCUGUUGCUGUCAACCCUGUUGACGUGAUAAAGACUAGACUGCAGUCCCUGAACAGAGGGAGCACAGAAGACACGUACAGUGGAGUGACUGACUGUAUCAGGAAAAUCAUGCGUAACGAGGGUCCAUCCGCCUUCCUGAAGGGAGCCUACUGUCGAGCCUUGGUCAUUGCACCUCUGUUUGGCAUCGCCCAGGUGGUGUACUUCCUGGGUGUGGGUGAAUUUAUCCUCAGCUUCUUGCCUAAAAAAGACAACUAAGAAGCGCCUCCUUUCUGCCUUUCCCUCCCAUAAUGCAUCACACCAACUGCGUGAGGAUUCAUCUCAUUGUUUGAUGGGUCAGAACAUGACCAAUCAGUUCAUUUUGUUUUCAAAUUUGUUGUGUUGAAUGUUGAAAUAGUUUAGGAGGGAGCCUUUGUUUGCCAAGCUGCCUAUGGUGGCACACAAAAUUCCAGUUGGCAGGCUCAGCUAGCUCUCUGGAAAUGAAGCCACAAAUAUCAGUUUUAAAGGAAUAUUGCUUUAUCAUUCCAACAUUUCAUUACAUUUUUGAAUAUGAUUGUUAAAUUUUCAAAGUAGAUGUACUGCCCUUGGUUGCUGCAAUUUUGCAAGCCCUACAGUACCUUUUUUCCAAACAGCAUUAGCCUCUAAAUAACAAAGAAUUAUAAGCCCUAACUAGCUAAAUUAAAUGCACACGCCAUACUUAUAUUUGAGACCAUUAGCUCUGGUAGAAUAUUUACUAAAAUGCUAUUUAAGAUUUUCCCCAGACCUUAUGUCUUAAAAGAAGAUAGUAUACUUAGAAGUACAACUAAAUCUAUGCCUCUGUUUCAGGCAAAGACCAAGGGAAUGUGUUGAUGCGAUAACAACACACUCCCUAUGAUCUUUCCUGAGAAGCCACAUCCCUUCCUGUAAGUGGUUGUAAUGAACUCAGCCAUUCAGCUCCAAGCAGACUUUGAUUGCCUUGGCUUUUUAAGUAGAUCAGGUUCCAUCUGAUAUUUAGGGCUGCCACAAUGGUUUGACUGUUUUGCCUCUGUGAAAGAUAGCUCUGUAUCCUGGUCACACACUAGACAGUGAAGAGCCACUGCACAACAUUUGGGCAUUAUGCACUACCGAUCUGCAUGUGCGCAUUGUUUAACCUCGACACAGAGGCACAAAAAAACCCACAAAUCUUCUGUACUUUUUUUCUGAGGGUCGAAACUGUCAAACAUGUUGUACUUGAAGCCACACCCCAAUCAGUGAUGUCACAGCAGGUGAUUUUCAUCAUCCCUCAAAGGCAAAACUCCUGCUGUGACAUCACUGAUUGGACUGUGGCCAAAAGCGCAUUGUGCUUUAAAAUUUCAGGCCACAGAGAGCAGUGCAGCGGCAGUUUUCCUCCUUGUGAUUCAUUGUGAAUUCGGAUGAAAGCAUUAGCGGUGAGCACUAAAUGGGUUGAAAGUAAUUUUAAUAGAACAGAAGAUUAUUAGUAAAUGUUCAGUAAUUAUGCUGAUAAAUGGUCAGACAUCACCUGCUGAGGCCUCAAGAGCACAGUCAUCCAUUGUGGAGCCAGUAAGACUUUAGCUGAAGUAGUUCAUGUCCACUUAGAUCAAGACAUAAUUAUUAUUGUUUACAGAUGAGUUAACACUCAAUUCAAAUUCUUUUCUCCGAACUUGAAUUCAGUGGCAGGACCCAAAGAGCUAAUGAAAAACUUUUCUUUAUUGGAAAACUCAAACCAAUGUGUUUUCAGUGUUCUGUGGUUUGUACCAAACAUCUCUGCUCGUUUGCUUUAGAGGUUUUGUUUGCUUUAAGCUGCUGGAGAAAGCAGCACUGUCCUGUCCCGUUUAUGCAUCACAACACUGAAGCCCUGCCAUUGGUUUAUCUCACUGGAGAUCAAGGUGACUUUGAUGUGUAUUAUCCAAUCACAUUCCUUCCUCGCUCCCACUGUUCAAGCAGCUCGUCAGUUGUACUGUUGCACUGUAGAUUCGCGAUGCAACUUUUCAGUGUAUUAUCAUUUGUGGGAGUGAGAUCUAUUUAUCAAUAUUCCUUUCUAUAGGCGGUAUAGCACUAUAUAUUUGUAUGUGUUGUUUUUUCUGUGUCAAAGUGUCCACCUUAACUAUAUUGUACAUAUGCAGAUGAUAUGAACUUUAUGUUUUAGGAUUUAUUGUUUGUUUUGUACAUGAUGGCUUAUUUGCACACCUACCUCUCCAACUCCCCCCUCAAUCCAUAUUGUGGUGAUUUUAUGUUAUGAUGAUGUGGACAUAUCAAAUGAACGAACAUGUUUUAAUGCAGCAAGCAUCAUUUGAACCUGAAUGCAGCAUAUUGAUGAGGGUUUUUUUACUGUAUGCAAAGGGGAACACUAGUGUAGAUUUAGGAUGGUGUUUUGGAGGUGCCCUUUCUCCCGAGCUAUUGGUUAAGUCUGUGGUCCAGCUUAUUGUCCUGUUUCCUACUGUUUUAUUAACAAGGACCAAAUGAAGCAUCAUAUAAUGAUGAUGAAAUGUAGUUAGUUUUAAGUGAAUGACCUAUGGCACUACUUAAGCAGUUCUGGAAAUGAAAUACACUCUGGACAUGGCCAAUAGGGACCUGCUGACAUUAGACUCUAAGUCUAACAUCUGUCUCUCUGAAUGGUGCUUCUUUCAUGACGUAGCUGCAAUAUGACAGUGCCGGCACUAACGACCGAGGCUGCGCCGACUGAAUUACAUGCUAGCGAAUCUCAGCGUUAUCAAUGUCUUAACUGAAAGCCAUAGGUCAGGGAGAGACAGCAGAACUUCUAGACAUCGCCUGGCACCUCCAGCCAUGUUGACAGAUGACGAGCAGAGCCACAGCAGAAAACGGCAAAAAGAGCUGCGUGUGAGCUUGUGUUUUGUGUGAAUUACCAUUGUAGUCUUUUCGACAUUCCGAUUGCCAGUUCAUCUCAUAUAUGCUGUUAUUGUGAUCAUAAUGCCUAUUUUUGUGUUGUUGAGAUUAUUGUUAUGAUUUUUGGAACCCCCCCCCCCCCCAACAACCCUCCUAGAUUUUUUUUGAUCUGCAUUUGGUUGAAUCUUGAAAAAAUGUUGUGCAAGUCAUUUUGUUUUACUCAGCUGUGAAUUUUCUCUGACCUUGUGCAUUUGGUUAUGUAUGUGUGUGUGUGUGUGUGUCUGACUGUGUAGUGCUGUAGUUGAUGUGUAGCUCUUAGUGUGACACUGCGGUAUUUUUCUCUUUGAUUGUCAGACCCAUGCUCUCUCCCCCCUCUUUCCCUCUAUCUGUCACAACUCCUCUGCCAUCCACUACCCCCCAAGCAUCUACAGCCGGGGUGCAGGUUAACACAGAGGAGCUCUGAACACCAAAUGUAUGACUUAGAGUGUAUACAAUCAAAGAAAGCACAAAGGAUUAUUAGGCACAAGAGACCACAUGGCCCACCUUGAAUACUCAGACAAAGUCCUUGGAAAACUAUGUGCUGCUUUUGCGGACAUAAGAUCAAAGUCUGAUUUAUUUUGGUGGAGAUGUUGAUUGAUAUUAACUUUUUAGUCAUGUGAGAAAGUUUAUCUAUGUCUGUAAAACUUGAUCCAUAGGGCUGAGACAACAGGUCAUUAUAAGAGACCCAUGUGAUGGUGUCCACUAUGUUACCCAUCAGCAGUUAGUGACAAAAUGUAUAUCGCCUACAUAUUCUAAAUGAAUCAAAUAUAAGAAUGUAACUUAGAUAUUAUGAGAUGUAUUAUAAUUAUAGUGAAGAGUUUAUUACAUUUUAAUCUAAAGAUUUGUGCUUUACACAUUCACUGAAAAAUUCAUGAACCAGCUCACUAAUAUGCAAUAAGUAGAAGCCACACACAAAGAGACACAAGAAAAAAAUAAACACAGAAAAAAAACCAAACAAACACUGAACACAACCUGUCAAUCACAACAUCACACAAUAUAUGAAUAAUGCAACGGGGACCUUGGAGGCCUUUCGGGGUCUGAGCUCUCUUCAUGGCCUCUGUUCUCUUCCUCCAAGAGGAAUUGUGCAUUAUAGCACUUUAAAAACAAGGACCCUCUCCACCACCCCACUGUCCAUCUACAAAGUGUCUCUCUAUGACAUAGAGGGUGUUAUGAAUAUGUGUGGUGAAUGACACAGUUGUCCUAGACAUUGUUUACAAUGCAAUGGAAAAAAAACUAAUAAAAUAUUGUGUUCCCUGUCACAAUUUGCUGUUCAAUAAACUGACUGUCCUGAAA